CCCUGUUUGCCUUAUUUUUACUUAUUUUUAACACAUUAUAUGUUAUAAGGUUUAUUACACUAAUUUCCAAACGUAAAUAAUAGGGAUUUGUAACAUAUUGUGAUUAAAGUGAUUCCGAUGCCUAAUCGAGUUUUUUUGGAGCCUUCCGGGAUCAAACCAUGUUAUGAGGAGUCUGAUGAUAACAAUAUCCCGAUCCUUGAGAAGGUGAAGAAUUUGCAGGUUAAGUUUCUCAAGAAAACGCCUGAAUUUUCGGUCGUUGAAAUCGUCGGUCUAGACGUUUCCUUGGCAAACGCCUUAAGAAGGAUUCUUAUUUCAGAAGUUCCCACUCUGGCCGUUGAAACUGUACAGAUAUACCAGAAUACUGGAGUAAUCCAGGACGAAUUACUGGCUCAUAGACUUGGUUUAAUUCCCUUUGCAAUUGAUCCAGACCUUUUUAAUUUUAAGAAUUGUGAGGAGAUAAAUGAUAAAAAUAGUGUUUGCUUUAAGCUCAAGGUUAAAUAUAAUAAGUUCGAUCAAUCCGAUUAUCUUUCCAUAUAUAGUAAUGAUUUGGAAUGGGUUCCAUUAUCUAAUAAUCAGGAGUUGAUGUUUAAGGAUAAUCCUCCGAAACCUGUUUAUGAUGAUAUUUUAAUUACUAAAUUGGCUCCAGGGCAGGAGAUAGAUUUGAAUAUGUACCUUGAGAAGGGGAUUGGUAAAGUACACUCUAAAUGGUCUCCAGUCUCAACCGCUGUCUACAAAUUCAUGCCAAAAAUUGAAUUUUCAACUGAGCAUAAGUUAACUGCCAAUGAAAAGAAAAUGUUACCGAAGAUUUGUCCAAUGAAUGUUUUUUCAUUUUCUAAAGGAGAAGUUAAUAUUGAGAAUCCACUGAAUUGUACUAGUUGUCGUCGUUGUUUGGAGUUAUACCCGAAGAAGAUAAUUAUUUCAAAGCUGACCAAUCACAUUAUUUUUUCUAUUGAAAGUUCCGGCUCUGUUUCAAGUUAUAACUUAUUACUGAAAGCAGUUGAGAUUUUAAAGAAUAAAUCGCUAAAACUUAAAAGUAAACUCCAAGAUAUUUAA